UGAACGUCGUAUGCGAUGCCCUCUUCCAAUCCCUAGACCCAGACCGAUAUUAUUCUCCCUAUUACAGCCUUCAACAUGAACCAGAUAAUUCUCCGAGAGAAGACCUACGAGUUUCGUCGAUUCCGGAUUCCUGUGUCGGUCAAACGAGUCUGGUUUUACCUCAACGCUCCCGAAUCUCGUAUUGUCGUCAUCUGUGAAAUUGAUCCAGCACGAACGAGAAUGCCUGGAGAUAGCCCGCUUCCGGAAGAUGGUGUUGGAAAUAGGGAAUUCAACAUGUUUCAGAAGGAUUGGAACGGUCUCGAUUACGCUUACAGAGUCAAGGGUGUGUGGGCGCUGAACCAGCCACUGACACUUCAAACGUUGAAGCAGAGGUUCGGGAUGAAAGGGCCCCCCCGAGCGUUGAUGUACGUGCCGAAAAUAAUACUCGAAGCAAUCACUUCGGUGGAUCAGCAAUGCAUAUGGACAACUGAGGAACAGAAACCGGAACCGACAGCCAUCGAUAUAGUUUCUGCUCCUCAGAAGAUGAAAAGCAUGAAACGCAAGCUCACUGAGGAGGAUAUAAGCGAGGUUGAGCCGCAAAAGAUCAAACGUCGAAGAAGCCUUCGUUUGUCAAGUAGAUGUUCUCUUUUGAAGACAUCGUCUUGCGAUGCAAUGGACGUUGAUUGAAAAUCGUUCAAAACAGUCAUACGGCUCAGCGCAUUAUCUCAGUCCAAAUUUUGGAGCUCAUCCAAAUCCGAGACGAGUUUCCCCGCGGCAUAUGAUGGUCAUCGAACCGCCAUGUAUGGUGUGGGACGGAGGAAACUUCGAGAUACACGGCGCGCCAUCAGGAUUUGCUGGUGCGAGGUGGAUUUGAUAACUUCAUGAAGAGAAGAAUUUGAAUUUACCAAAGAGUGUACUUAAGUAGUGAAUGAGGAUAACGAAGUGAAUCAUCGUACUAUCGGAAAUGCCG